AUUUGUGUUCGUUGGCAAAGAUGUUGAAGCUCAAUCUUAUCCUGUUCGUCUUGUUAGCGUUCACUAAUUUAAGUCGUGCUUGUGACGAUACUAGCCGCGAUGAACAAUUCGCGACAGUGAGACAAGAUUCAGAUGAGUAUUGGGCCAGUGCGUACGGAUACACUCCCAACACAUUUGACUCGCGAUACUACCAACAAAACCCUUUUGUUCCACCAGAACCUGUCGUUCCAUAUCAAGGACGUAGCCGUCUUAACAGACCAAAAUUUAACAUCGAACCUUUCAAAGCUUAUGUCAGCAACUACAAUGAUGAUUACGAAAACCAGGCGCAGGGGCGUUUUGCUCUUGGUGGUUUGAAGGCUUCUCUGAUCAACACGGGCCUCUUCAACAACAGAUUUACGCCGGCCAACACGUUCAGACCAUUCCAAGGGCUGGGCACCAGGUCGCCCGUCGUUUUGAAUCCCGAGUUCGAGAACCCAAUCUCAACAUUCGAUGGAUGCACGUCGCCCAAUGGCGAAUCCGGAAUCUGCGCUCCAGGAAACAUCUGUUCGCUGUUCGGGGGUCGACCUAGCGGCGCCUGCGUUCUGGGAAAAGUUUGCUGCAUUAACGCGAUAACUGCGUGCGGUGGUACCGUCACGUUGAACAACACGUACUGGCAAUCACCGGCUACGAUUAGCGCUCCCACUACAUGUUCGUUGUCGAUUAAAUUGGAUGCCAAAUUCGUUGAACAAAAGAGACCCAUUUGUCAACUUCGCUUGGAUUUCAUUUCGUUCACGACCGCGCAACCGGUAGCCGGCACUUGCGCAGACACUUUUCAAGUCGGAGGAUCCACGAAUAGAGUGCCUGUUAUCUGUGGUGACAACAAUGGGCAGCACAUUUAUCUCGACGUCCCAUCAUCAGCUGCUAAAGCUACCGAUGUCCAAUUGAUGUUCAACUUUGCUGCUGGAACGGGAACUAUUCCACGUUCGUGGAACAUCAAAAUCGCCAUGCUGCCGUGCGGAGCCUCAUAUCUUGCUCCCAAGGAUUGCCUCCAGUACUACAUGUCAUCCACCGGAGUGGUUAGAUCGUUUAACUGGAGAGACACUCCAGGACCCGCUACCCGUCAACUAAACAAUCAAGAUUACAACAUCUGUUUCAGGACUGAAGAAAUCGACAAACAGCUCUCAAACCAGGUGUGCUUUUCCACCUGUACAGUGACGAAUGGUGGAGACGCCUUCUCGCUGACCACACGGCCGCCUGCGGCGGCACCUGGCAACCCUCUCGCACCUACGCCAGCCGAAAUAGCUGCGGCCGCAGCAGCCGCACUGCUUUCCGCAGUGGGUGCUACCAAUAAUGCAGGCACGCAGGCUCUUUGCCUGUACGAUUUCCUUCUCAUCGCCGGCGGUUUCAAUCCAGCCACCGGUUUAGCUGCCGACCGCUAUUGCGGAAACCAAUUGGACCCAAUUCCAGGUGGAAACGCAGCCAGUGUCACCGUUUGCACUCGAAUCAGACCGUUUAUGCUUUCCUACCGGACUGACGGCACUGAAGCAGCGAUUGCUGCCAAUGCUCCGCUUGCCAUAAUUGCAGCGGCCGCAGAUGCACCUGACAACGUAGGUUUCUGCCUCGAUUUCCAGCACAGGACAAACUAAACGAGCCAAAUGUGGAUCCGAGAAUUUGCUUUAGUGUUAUUUCGCUAGCC